AUGUCCAUUGCAGCCCUGCCCGUGGAAUUGAUCUCGAAGAUAUGUAAAUAUUUGGAUUUCCAGCAGUUGGUCGCUCUGAGGUUAUCAUGCCGUGCAUUGUACAAAAGCUCGCUGGAAAAUUUUGCGAAGACCUUGUACCGAAAAAUUCGUUUCAUUGUGACGAGCGAAAGUCUCCACGAACUGGAAGAACUCUCCAAGUCAAAUGGUCUCCGCGAGCACGUCCAAGAGCUAUGGAUGAUCCCUGUUAUGUUCGAUGGCACUGAAAAGCCUCCCGGUAUGAUAUCUAUAUCAUCGAAAAGCUGCCGGCAGAUCAAAGGCGAUGAUUUGGAAAGUCGGCAUACUGUCCACAAAGCCAUGCUUGCGGAUAAUCUCAACCUGCUGGAAUCCGAAAGGUUCAGUGUUCGGCUUCGGGAAUGUAUGAAUCGAUUCAAGAACAUCCAAACAGUAGGACUCGCACAUUACAGAACGGAAUUUUUGCUUGAUCCACGGCAGCAGACAGUUCCAUUCCUCGGAAGGCGACAGAUGAUGAGCCGGAUCGAUUUUCGAUUCGAUGUUUACAGCCUGAGAGCGUCUUCGCAGACACAUAAGGCUAGCCAGAUACGGAAACUCAACUCUUUAGCAUUAUCAAAGCUUUUUCUUGCGUUAUGUGGCUCAAGCUGCAGACCCCGAAAGCUGCACACCUGCGAUUCUAAUUUCUGUGGUGAUAUCGGCCCCAGAAUUGCCCUAUCCGAAGAGCAAUUCGAUUCGCUACUGUCUACUUUAGAAGGUCUAGAGGAUCUUCAUUUAUGUAUUGAUCUCCGUGAGGCGGCUUGGCUGAAAUUUUUCAAGACGCUUGCACCUCAACUGGAGAUACUGAUCUUGUCGCGAGAUCAUAUACCUUUUUAUUUUGGUCAAGAUGAUACGGCUAUCUAUCCGACAAAAAGCCAUGUUAAAAACAUGUUCUGUGACAUUGGCUUCACUCGACUCCGAAAGCUUCACAUUCAUGAGCUUGAUAUCAAUUUCAGCUCUUUGAGGUCACUAUUGCUCAGUGUCAAGAAAAGUCUAGUCACUCUUACAGUGAAACGAGUUCAAAUGCGCAGCGAGGAGUCGACAGCCAUAGAAAGUCCUAGAUCGCAGCACACCGAGUCUGGGCGCCAGGAAAAUGAAAGAUCUGACCGAAAUACAUCGCCAGAGUCUCAGCUCACUGUACUGGGGGUUAAUUCAAUACCGCCAUCACAUCGACCUACAGUGUCAUCAUUUCAACCAACUCUCCCAACAUAUCAACCUACAAUGCUAUCAUUCCAACCAACCCUGUCGUCAUAUUCACCGACUGUAUCCCCGCCGGGAUAUGGACCAGCCCCGCUACCAGUCCUACCAACAUGGGCAAUAAGUGCACCCCAAUUACCACAGCAUUCCUCGGCUUCCGAAUCCUCUGAGUCGUCGACAGAGGAAUAUCCAAGCACAAGGUGGUGUCCUAGUAUUUAUGACCCAUAUGAUCCACCUGAAGCAACUCGAGCCUCAGUCUGUCCGACUUGGGAAACGCAAAUGGCAUGGAAACGCAAUGAAGAAAAGAUCACUUGUGUGUCUAGGUUUUUGGACCUUAUACAGAACGAGUUAUCUUUAGAAACACUUUCACUGGAAGAUAUUAUCUGUGACGGCAAUUAUCAUUAUUUCGAAAGACUUGACAACGCAAACGAUCAAAGCGGCCAAGUGGUAUUUGACAUGCACAGAGCUAAUACUUCGUUGAAAGAUUGGUUUUCCCGGCUCAGGCCAAUUGCUUGCUGUCCGGCCAAACGAGUUCUUGACUUGAAGGAAGACAAAGAAAUGGAGGAUUGGUUCGACAAAAUGGUAGGAAAGGACAGUGGCUCGUUUACUAGAUUUGACUGUGACUGCAGCAAGAAGAAGAAGCCGUUCUGGGGAUGUCCGUUUGGAUGUCAGCGAUAUAUAGUUCCCAAAUCAGCCUAG